UUAAUUGUUAAUGGAACACAACUGUAGUGAGGUGAAGGAAAUCGUAGAUUUCUAGUGAAGAGAAAUGAAAAAUGUGACUGUGCCGUAAAUAAAGCAAGAAAUAGUAGUGGUGUUACGAUAUUUUAGUGAAUCGACACACACAGUACAACCUUCGAUAUUGUUUUGGUUUUACCGUCAUCACUUUUAAAUACAAAAUGCAUGAUGCUCGGCAUCUUGAUAUUGAUAUGAAAUCAUGUAGAAUAUGUUUGUCGAAUAAAAAACCCCUAUGCCCUCUUUUUAAAUACAAAUUAUCAGGCAAUUAUGCGGAAAUGCUAACGGCUGUCGCAGAUGUAAAGGUGAGUUCUAAUGAUGGCUUGCCAGAGAAAAUUUGUCAGAAAUGCUGUGUGGCUCUUGAGAAAGCAUAUCUUCUCAAGACUGUGGCAGAAAGGACUGACAGAAAGCUUAGGAAAAUCCUACAAAAAACCAGUGAAAAUGUUCCAACAAAGAAAAUUGCCUUUGAUUCAUUCACUGAUAUUAAAAGUGAGAUAGGACCCCUCACUAUAAAAUCUGAACCAAAAUGGGAAAUGGAAAUUGAUGUAUUAGCAGAUGGUCCUUCAAAGCCCGUGGAAACAAUUGAUGGAAGGGAUAUUGUCAUUGCUAACACUGUGAUUAGAAAAGUAGAUGGGAAUGCAGACAAUCCCAAACCUAAUGUGUCUACUGAUGAGGUUGAUCUAACAUGGAAAUCUAAUAAGGUUGAUUUAGAUGAUCUACAGACAGAAUAUUUGGAUGAUGAUGUAUUUCAAGAUGAUGAUGAUGAGGAUUAUGUGCCACCAAUAGAAAAACGUAAGACAAAAUUCAAGAAACCUAAAUUAUCUGAUAUCAAGGUUUUUAAGGGUAACAAAACUAUAGUGAGAAAAGUUAAAGUUAUUAAAAAAAUGAAAGAAGAAUAUGGGGAGGACAGAACUGUUAUAGCAACAUCAAAGGAUGGCAAAACUAAAACUACAAUGAUAACUUGCUAUCCAAUAAUGAAAAAUGGUGCUAGAGGACCACCUAUACUUUUAAGAAGACCAAAGGAUGCCACUGUCCUUAAAGUGCAUCCUAAUUAUAAGGUUAGAGCUAGUUCAUCAUCAGAGCCCAAUAAAGUUGUGCACCGCGAUAAAUCUGUGAGGAUGGUGAGAAGUGCAAAGCCAAUAGCAAAGCAAAGAGAAAAAUUAGUUUGCCCUGUUUGUGGAAUACUUACAUUUACAUUGGGCAACCAUAUUGCAACUCAUCAAGAGAGAAAGAAGUUCUCCUGCUCACAAUGUCCAAAGACAUUUGCUCAAAAGGGUAACCUUAUUGCACAUGCUAAGCAACAUUCAGGAAUCAAAGAUCAUAUUUGUGAAGUAUGUGGUGCUGGUUUUUACAGUCAAAAAUCUUUAGUCAGACAUAACCUCAUUCAUAAAGGUGAUAGACCCUUUCCAUGUAACCUUUGCAGUAAGAGGUUUAUUGCGCGUUGCGAUCUGACCCGUCACCUGCGCAUACAUUCAGGUUACAAACCUUUCAAAUGUGCGACAUGCACCAUGUCCUUCAACGCGAAGCAUCAGUUGCAAAACCACGAGCGAAUGCACACCGGGGAGCGGCCGUACACAUGUCAGGUGUGCAACGUGGCGUUCAGCUACAAAGUAAACUUGAACAACCACGUGUCCAAGGUUCACGGUAUCAAUUUAAAGUUCAAGUCCAUACACACGGUGACUGAGGAGGUGCUGCGACGUGAGAUGGGUAUGGUGAGUGAGACUCGAGUGGCUAUAUCCCACAUAAUGCCCCAAUUGAGGGAAGCUCCCACCCCUGGGGCUCACGAAACGGUCCCAAUGAGUUCUGAAUACGUUUAAUUUUAGUAAUUUCACAAACAAUACCAACUUUAAGCAUGUCGUUUUCAUAUAAGAUACUUAUACUUAUAGUAGGGUUGCCAACCUCAAAUUUAAAAAACCAGGAUUUGAAGUUGGAAAAACCAGGACAAAUCUGUUUUAAAACAAGACGCAUUAAUAGAGUUGCAAUAGUUAAAUAUAAUAUCUAGUGAAAACAGUGAAAUGAAAUUUAAGUAAUUAAAAUAAUCACAUAUAGCGUAAAAAUUUGAUGAGCGGCGCGCGAAUUUUAAAAUUGAAAUACCCAAAACGCUGCUUAAAACCUAUUCAGGGCGUCCCAGGACACUACAAAAACUAGGACAUGCCCUGGGAAAACAGGGCGGAUGGCAACCCUAACUUAUAGGGAACUAGAACUAAUUACCAACGUUUAGAAACGAGUGCAAAUUAAAAUAACUUUGCGUUUUUAAAAGCCGAAAACUUUUAUUCAAACAUGCUCACACUCGUCUUAUUCAACGAUGGAUGCUUAAAUUUUUUAUUUUACGUUGAUUUGUUAUGUGCGGCGAACGUUUAUCAAAAUAUACUCACAUUCAUUUUAUUUAGCGAUGGAUUCUUAAAUUUUAUGACUUGAUUUUGACAAAUUCAAACUAUUUCUUAAGAGCCCUUUCAUUUUUUUGCAAAAAAUCGUAAUUUUUGAGCGCAUCGUUUACCCCCUUAGAAAAGAUUUUGACUAUUUCCAAUAGAAGUAAACAGUAGACUUAUUCUUCCUAUUGUAUGUUAAUGCAGAAUAUUGCAAAUACUAUUUUCCUAUUUUUGUACUGAUCGUUCUACUGCAGCUAGUUUACGGAAAAAACGAUAAUAUGCACAACUUCAAACGCCUCAAUCUCUCAAUAAUGUUCAAUAAAUUAGAUCAAAUUGAUUACUAAGACAUCAAAAAUAUGUUUUUGUUGUAACAUAAUGUAUUAGAACUUUGCUUUUCCAUCUCAUUAAUUAUCAAAAAAAACAUCUAACCUCCGUGAGUUUUCCUAAAAAAUAACGCAGGUUUACUUCGUAUUUUGAUAUUGAAUAAAAUAUAAUUACUAUCAAAAACUAAUCUACCAUCAUUGAACUACUGAAAUAUGUAUAUAUUUUUAUAAUUAGCUCAUUAAUAAUCUAUAUAUAUAAAACUCAAAGGUGACUGACUGACAUAGUAAUCUAUCAACGCACAGCCCAAACCACUGGACGGAUCGGGCUGAAAUUUGGCAUGCAGGUAGAUGUUAUGACGUAGGCAUCCGCUAAGAAAGGAUUUUGAUCAAUAGGCUAGUUUACUCAUGUCGAAUUGUAAUAUAUAAAUGUUUAUUUCUUAAAGUAUUUAGUCUAAGGAACCUUAAUAUAUCGAUUUCACUUCAUAAAAGCAGAAGAUUGCUGUAGAAAUUUAAUUUAAAAAAAUAUUUUUUAGUCUAUAUUUUUUAAACACUAAAAACGCUGUUCGCCACAUCCGCCAUGAUUUGGACGUCUCUUGUGGUAAACAACUAAAUGUCAUUCGCGUGUUACUGUAGGUGGAUUUUUUCGUCUGACUAAAUUUAUCUUAAAACACUUUUAACUUUAGGAAAGAAAAAAACAGUUUUUUGACAAAACUAAUUAUGGAACUAAUUGUGAAAGCAGAAAGCACAAAUCUGCCAAGAAUUGACGCAUUGAUGGUUGGUGAAUUUGUUGCACUAAACCCCGAUUUCUGCUCUGCGGAGCAGAGAAACGACAAGGCAUCUAUGUAAGUACAGUGCAUUUAGUAUUACAAUGUAGUAAUAAACAUAAAACUGAUACAACAUAUGAAUAAGUGUAAUAAAGUUGCGUAGGUUAAUUUCUUUCGGCACUUUAAUCCACAACUUUCCUGGAGUCUUCAAGGAUGUGUUUUUAUAUUCUCGUACAAUACAGUAAUGAUAAUUACUUUAUUUUUCGUGGUAUUUAUUAGAAAUCAAGUUUUUUUUUAUUAUAAACUCAGUUAAAAGUAAUUUUCUACGUGUUUACGAGUUUUUGUUUACCACAGUUCACGUCAUAGCAUAGAUAAUCUAUAGACUAAAAUGGCCGACAGCGUUUUUGUAUGUCCAUGAAAAAUCUAUUUUAAAAUUACAGAUUUGUAGCUUUCUAGGUUAAAAAAAAAUACAAUACAUUUUUUUUCGGUCUAAUAGAACAUUAAUUAACCAUUUAAAACCUUUUUCCAAAAAGGGUCAACUAGCCUAUUCUACCCCAAAGCGAAACGAGGGCGGGCCACUAGUUAUUUUAUAAGACUCGAAACAUCACCCGUAAAAUGCAAUAUAUCGACCCUUCCAGGAUGAAACGUAGUAAAAGCCAAAACGGUAUUUUUCAAUACGGCCAAAAAACAAAAACGGUGAAGUUUGUUUCCCAUAUAUUUUUUAAUUCGCUUAGUUUAUAAUAAACCACUAUAACUCAUUAAGCUUAGGUUUUCGGGUUACUUACUAAAAAGAAACUCGGAAUAGCCUACAUUCAUUAGUUCCAGAGAUGGCAUGGCUUUUACUACAAAAAAACAAGUUGUAAAUGGUUUCUACGACAUUUUAUUUCUGCUUGGCAAAUGUAAGCUUUUUUCCUUGAAGUUGUAUAAGACUUCAUAUUUUGUUUCAUUAAAGGGAUUUUUGAAUAAAAAGACAAUUGUAAUAAGAAUAACGUUUAAUUUAGUGAAGUAAAUGCAACUAAGUGCGCGGCCUAUUGCCCACCGCACCGCUCCCCGUCUGCUGCGGAAGGACUGCGCAGUUCCCCUCGCAGGCUCUUCCGCGGCCCUCUCAUGUAGGUUAGGUACAAAAGAUAGCUGACGCCACGGAAUCCAUCGGUGGCUGGCACGGCUAACGCCAUGCCGGGCAACAAGUGAUUCAAUUAGAUAGGGUCACUGCACGUGCGCAGCCAGGGCGCACCUUCGCCUUCCCGUGCCUGUUCUUUUGCGGUGGCAGGGGACGGCCAGAGGAUUGUCCUCCUGUCCCCCUCUCGGCCUCCUCCUUCUUUGAGAUGACGUCGUCACAGAGAGAGGCGACUCCUUCCAAGCCGUCUAACUACUGUGCAUAGCCUCGACCAUGCUUGGCAGCGAGAGAGAGAACCUAUUGUCCUAGGUAAACAAUUCAACACGACCCUGCUAUUGAAAACACGAAUUUUGGGGCCCACAACUAAAGCCAACAAGCCGUACUUACGUCCAGAACUUCGUUUACAUAGAAUAUUGUUUUUUUCUACCAACUUACAUCCUUUAUUUUUUCACUCCUUGUAAUAAAAAAACUGCGACUAAUCGAAGCCUAUGUCCUUUUCCGAAGUCCCUAGUAUGUCUACAUCAAAAUUGUUAGUAGUAUCGUGUCCUUUACUACAAUUUUUUCAAUAGUAUUAUUUUCCAGUACUGUAUUAUAUAAUGUUGUAUUGACUGUGGAAUGAGAAAAUAUGUCUCUUACUACAUAAAUUUGAAAAAAAUAUUUCCAAAAUUGCUCAUUAUGACAUUUUACAAGAAGAAAAAUGGGUUUAGAGGGCAUUAAUUGGAGCGUGUUGUAAAAGACAUUUUAACGAACGAAUUUGAACAUUUUAAAUAUACAGAUCGAUAUCGCUCGCGAUUCUGAUAAAGAAACAGUUAAAAACAGAUUUUGGGUAAAAUGGCUUUUACGACGUUUCAUCCUGGAAGGAUCGAUAUACUAGUGCAAAUCUACCUAUGCGCUGAAAAGUACGGCAGCGGCGCAAUUUGUAAAAGGUUCUCUUAAAUUAAUUGAUCGAAUGUGUAGAUAAACUUGAAUGGAAAUUUCAGUUAACUACGCAAUUCUUACUUUUUACGUUAACUUGCUUACGUUUUAAGACAUUUGGAAUUCAAAGAAUAAUACAUUUUUCAAGAUGUGAUUCUCAUAAACUUAUGAAUAAGGCGAUUCUUAUACCUAAGAUGAUGCACGUCUGUUAAAUAACAUGCGGAAGGCAAUUGAAGCUCUAACACGUUUUCUCUGUAAUAUGACGUGGUAUUGUUGUAUGACGUGUUGUUUUGGUGCAAACGUGCUAAGUGCCGUAGAAGAAAAGAAGGAAACUAUAGGAGUUAGGUAGGUUUACAAAAACUAAAACGUUGGUGAUUAGUUGUGCUUACAGAAUUUCUAAUUGUAUUUGUGUGAAUUAAUAGAUUGAUUAAUAUUCGCCAGAGAUUUUCUAAUUAUCUCUCGUAUAUUUGUGAUUUAUUGUUUGUUAUUAUUAAGCAAUUUAUUCAAAGAUAAGGGAUAGAAAUAUUCAUAGGAAUGUUUAUGUCUGAAUCUAUUAAUGUAUUACUGUUUUUAUUGAAAAUAAGGAAAUGUAAGAAGAUAGGAGUUAUCUUCAACUUUAUUUUAAAAAAAUAGAUACCUGCUACAGCAAUCCUUUCUUAGUCUUUUCUUACUCAAUAAAAAGAGUUCUUAAUUUAAUACCAAAUCAGAAUUCGCGUCACAUAAUAUUUUUAAUCAGGAGAUCGUAACACAUCUUACCUAAGUCUUUUAUUUCACAUAAAAUACAAUGGAAAACUUGGUAUUAUGUUGGUAUGUAGCAUAAUAUAUGCGUGUAUAAUGUAAUUAUUAAAUAUUGAAAUUAAAAAGAAUAAAAUGA